CCGGCAGCACGUGUGAGCAGGGCUUCCUACCUGACCAUGCAGCGAGGUUUAUAUCGAUAAAAGUACGGAAAACUAACUAAAAUGAUGUUUCAGAAGGACGUGCCAUGGCGGCGCCUGGAGGGCAUGACGUUUGGCAUUUACUCAGCUGCAGAAAUAAGGAAGAUGAGUGUGAAGACGAUCACCAACUUCCGGUUCCUGGAUGCUGUGGGGAACGUGGCCCCCAACAGCCUGUAUGACCUGUCCCUGGGCCCGGCCGACACCAAGGAGGUUUGUUCAACCUGCUGCCAGGAUUUUAUCCACUGUCCCGGACACCUCGGUCAUGUAGAGUUGCCUCUGCCUGUGUACAAUCCGCUGUUUUUUGAUAAACUGUACUUGUUGAUCCGGGGAACGUGCCUGGUGUGUCACACGCUGACGUGUCCCCGAGCUGCAAUACACCUGCUCCAGAAGCAGCUGAAGCUGCUGGACUAUGGAGCUAUGCAGGAGGUCUACCAGAUUGAACAAGUUCUUAGCCAGCACCUGGAGGAGAAUCCCAAAGCCACAGGGGAUGAGAUUGAACAAGUGCUGAGGGAAUAUACGGACACCAUAGUGGGAGAAAAGGCUGAGGCUUCCGGGACCUCCAAACCUAUUAAACACCUGGUUGAAAAGAAGAGCAGUCUGAUAAAUGACUUUUGGACCAUCCACAUGAAAACAAGGAAGUGUCCUCACUGCGGGAGCGGCAAGUCCACGGUGCGGCGGGAGCACAACAGUAAGGUGAUCGUCACGAUGCCUCAGAGAGUGCAGGCCAGCGGGGAAACCGGGGAGAAUCUGAUGGCUGGAAAGAGAGUGUACCUGACGGCCAGCACGGCCAGAGAACAUGUCAUUAAUGUGUGGGGGAAAGAAGGUUUCUUCUUGAAGUGUCUCUUCCCUGGACUGGAGCCCGGUAGCUCCACGGAGGGAGAGAAGGCUUUCUAUCCCGGCCUGUUCUUCCUGGAGUUGCUGGUGGUGCCGCCCUGCAGGUAUCGUCCCAUCAAUCGACUGGGAGACCAGAUGUUCACUAACGGCCAGACUGUCAACAUGCAGGCCGUGAUGAAGGACUGUGGUGUCAUCAGGAAGCUGCUGGCUCUCGUAGCAGGAACCAAAGUAUCGGAGGAGGAGGUUCAGGAGGACACAGAUCAAGCUUUCCUGUCGGGGAUACCCGGGGUGACUUUAACUGAUAAACUCUACAACGUGUGGAUCUUACUGCAGAGCCACGUUAACAUCGUCUUUGACAGUGACAUGGACAAGCUGAUGUCAGAGAAAUAUCCUGGAAUCAGACAGAUCCUGGAAAAGAAGGACGGAUUGUUCCGGAAGCACAUGAUGGGCAAACGAGUGGACUACGCUGCCCGAUCAGUCAUCUGUCCCGACAUGUACAUCGGAACUAAUGAAAUAGGAAUACCAAUGGUUUUUGCCACCAAGCUGACGUACCCUCAGCCCGUCACACCCUGGAACGUGAAGGAGCUCCGUCAGGCCGUGCUGAACGGGCCCAACGUGCACCCCGGCGCCUCCAUGGUGAUAGACGAGGACGGCAGGAAAACCAUCCUGUCACCCACCAACCUGGCCCAGAGAGAAGCCGUUGCUAAGCAACUGCUGACGCCCUCUCUAGGAGCACAGAAGAUGACAAUGAAGAUCGUAAACCGUCACAUAAAGAAUGGAGAUGUUUUGUUGCUCAACAGGCAGCCCACCCUGCACAGACCCUCCAUACAGGCCCACUGUGCACGGAUCUUACCUGGGGAAAAGGUGCUGAGGCUUCAUUACGCCAACUGCAAGGCCUACAACGCUGACUUUGAUGGAGAUGAGAUGAACGCUCACUUCCCCCAGAGUGAGCUGAGCAGAGCCGAGGCCUACACGUUAGUCAGCACGCACCAGCAGUAUCUCGUCCCCAAGGAUGGUAAACCUCUAGCAGGUCUGAUCCAGGACCACAUGGUGUCAGGAACCAGGAUCACCAUCCGGGACUGCUUCUUCACCAGAGAGCAGUACACCGAGCUGGUGUACCGAGGACUGACGGACAAGCAGGGCCGGGUCCGGCUGCUGGCCCCGGCUCUGCUCAAGCCCCAGCAGCUGUGGACGGGCAAGCAGGUUGUGUCCACGCUGCUGCUGAAUCUAAUUCCAGAGAAAGCGACGCCUCUCAACCUGAUUGGAAAAUCCAAAAUCCCCGGCAAAGCCUGGAUCCAGGUUCAUCCUCGAGCUGCUCCCAGAUACAAACCCGACAGCAUGUGUGACUCGCAGGUGGUGAUCCGGCAGGGCGAGCUGUUGGUGGGGGUUCUGGACAAAGCUCACUACGGCUCGUCGGCCUACGGCCUGGUCCACUGCUGCUACGAGCUGUACGGAGGGGAGACCAGUGGGAAGCUGCUCAGCUGCCUGGCCCGGCUCUUCACCGCCUACCUGCAGCUGUACCGGGGCUUCACGCUGGGUGUGGAGGAUAUCCUGGUGAAACCAGGUGCCAACAUGCAGAGGACCAAAAUCAUUAAAAAGUCACUGAAAAUCGGCACCAAAGCCCUGCGGUCAGCGUUCAACCUGCCACCCAACGAGGCUCUGGCCGAGGCCCAGAGCACGUGGCAGGACGCCCACCUCAACCCCGACCAGAGAGACUUCAUCAUGUCCGAGCACAAGUUCAAAGAGGUGGCCAACCAAGUCAGCAAUGAUAUCAACAAGGUGUGUAUGCCCGUGGGACUUCACACCUCCUUCCCAGACAACAACCUCCAACUGAUGGUCCAAUCAGGAGCCAAGGGAUCUACAGUAAACACCAUGCAGAUUUCCUGUCUGCUGGGUCAGAUUGAGUUGGAGGGCCGGAGGCCUCCACUGAUGCCUUCUGGUAAAUUCCUGCCCUGUUUCCAGCCGUACGACCCUUCACCCGGCGCUGGGGGGUUUGUUUCGGGGAGGUUUCUCACAGGCAUCAAACCACAGGAGUUUUUCUUCCACUGCAUGGCUGGUAGAGAAGGGCUGGUGGACACAGCUGUGAAAACGUCUAGAUCAGGAUAUCUGCAGAGAUGCAUCAUAAAGCAUCUGGAGGGUUUGGUGGUCCAGUACGACCUGACGGUGAGAGACAGUGACGGGUCCGUGGUUCAGUUUCUGUAUGGUGAAGACGGGCUGGACAUCCCCAAGACCCAAUUUCUGCAGCCAAGACAGUUCUCCUUCAUAGAGGAAAACUAUGAGGUCAUCAGGAAGUCCCAGGGUCUGGACAGUGUCCUGCCCCGGCUGGACUCCCAGCCAGCUCAGCACCACUUUGCAGCCAUCCAGCGCUGGAAAACAAAGAGAGAGGUAGCACAACCUCAGAGAGGUCCAUUCUUGCUGUUUUCCCAGAAGAAGUUUUCAAAACUAAAAAAAAGCACACAAGUAACAGAGCCCGUCUCUAACACCAGAGAUCCUGUAAUAGAAGAGCUCAUUGGAAAGUGGCGUUCUCUGGAUGAAGCCAGCAGAGCCAAGUACACGAGGAAGUCGUCCCGCUGUCCAGAGCCCGCGCUGGCCGUCUUAAGACCCGACAUCUGCUUCGGUUCAGUGUCGGAGAAGUUCCACGACAUCACAGAAAAGUACCUUCAGGACAGAACCUGUUUAUAUCAAGACAACGUGGACAUGGACAGCCUGCGGCAGCUGCUGCUCUAUAAGUGGCAGCGCUCCCUGUGUGAUCCAGGGGAGGCUGUGGGACUGCUGGCAGCCCAGUCCAUCGGGGAACCGUCCACCCAGAUGACCCUAAACACCUUCCAUUUUGCUGGCAGAGGAGAGAUGAACGUCACCCUGGGAAUACCUCGACUGAGGGAGAUCCUGAUGGUAGCCAGCUCCAACAUCAAGACCCCUAUGAUGACCAUCCCGGUGCUCAACAACAAGAAGGCUCUGAAGAGAGCCAAGAUGCUGCGGAGGAAACUGGCAAAGGUGUCCCUGGCUGAGGUGCUGCAGAAAGUGAAUGUAGUUGAAACGCUGCGGACAGAAAAAUCCCAGAAUCUGCGAGCGUUCAAGAUUACCUUCCACUUCCUGCCUCCUGAACGUUACAACGAGGAUAAGCUGCUAACGCCCCGUCACAUCCUCAACUACAUGGAAACCAGGUUUUUCCGCCUCCUCCUGGAAGCCAUUAAGAAGCGCACGGCCAAGCUGGCCUCCAUCGCCGUGGAGACGAGGAAGGCCACGCCCCGGGAUACGGACAACGAUGGGGACGGGACUCCCACGGCCACGGCAGAGUUAGAUGAUGGGGAAGGAGGAGAUAAAGACGAGCCUGUUGUUGAUGAUCAAGGGAAUGAAGGAGACGCUGAUGCAUCAGAUGCCAAGAGAAAAGGCAAACAGGAGGAGGAGGUUGACUAUGAAAGUGAGGGAGAGGAAGCAGCCGAAGAUAAAGACGUGGAAGAUAAAGAAGAUUUGGGGGAGGGGGAGUCUGAAGAGGAGGGUGAGGCGACUGCUGAAGAGGAGUCUCCAGAAGUGAGAAGAGAGGAGGAGGAGGAGGCAGCAAGGAAAGCAGCGGGACAGGAGUCCCACAUCCAGAUGAGAGUCAACUCGGUUCUGCAGUUAAACACGGCCAUAGAGAGAUAUUCUUUUGAUCAGCAGCAGGAACUCUGGUGUGAGGUGGAACUGACUCUGCCAGUGAAGAAGAUGCACUUUGACCUGACCUCAGUCCUGUCAACACUGGCCCACAAUGCAGUCGUCAUGGAAACCAAAGGCCUGACACGGUGCCUUCUGAACGAGAGCACCACCAAGUCUGGAGAAAAGGAGAUGGUUCUCAACACGGAGGGCAUCAACAUGCAUGAAAUCUUCAAGUAUGGGGAUAUCUUGGACAUCAACAGACUGUACUGCAACGAGGUUCACGCCGUGGCCAAGACGUACGGGAUUGAAGUGGCUCUGAAGGUCAUUGAGAAGGAGAUCAAAGAUGUGUUUGCUGUCUAUGGUAUCGAGGUCGACCCCAGACAUCUAUCACUGGUAGCAGACUACAUGUGUUUUGAAGGCGUAUAUAAGCCACUGAACCGGAAUGCCAUCAGGUCCAACUCUUCUCCUCUGCAGCAGAUGACCUUUGAGACGAGCUACAAAUUCAUCAAGCAAGCCACCAUGUUGGGUUCUUGUGAUCAGCUGGUGUCUCCUUCAGCCUGCCUCGUGGUGGGGAAGGUAGUCAAGGGAGGAACAGGGUUGUUUGAUCUGAAGCAACCGCUGUAAUCGGAGAAAAGUACUGUUGAACAUAAUCAUGCAGUUGAAAUGCAUUCACUCGGUUAUACGUACCAUGGUAUCAUUUAGGGUUGGCUCCUCUGUGUGACCUCUGUCAUGCAGGGAUUUUGUAAAAAAAUGUCAGAAUGAAUUGAUGUGAUAAUAAAUUAAAACUGUCAAUGGUUUCAUAUUCUCUGGACUAUGAAUGAAGCCACUGUGUCAUCCUUCAAGAAGACACACUGCCAUUCUCAGCAGCAGAAGUGUUUGAAAAAAACUAUUUACAUUUUUAUUUGUCUGUAUUAAAUGG